UUGUUAAAAUUAAUUAUUCUCUAAUUCAUAUUUAAUUUGGUGAGAAUUUCCAUCAAACAAGGACUCCAACGCCCUGACGUCUUAUUAGUUUCUCCAUUUUCCAAUUCCACCACUCACUUAACCAUUCUUAUUAAAUUUAAAUUUUCUGCUCUUAACCAGACAAGCAAGCCAAGAAAUUCCAUGAAAAUGAAUGCAGAGAUACUUACCCUUACUGGAGCUGCACUAGGUACAAUCGUUUUAUUAUUUCUUAUCUGCUUCACAGUUUUCUUUUAUUGCAAAAGGAAAAGAAGCAGUGAAGAGCACAUGAAUCCCAUGCCGGAAGCCAUUUGCCGCCGUUUUACAGCUAAAGAGAUAAGAAAUGCCACCAACAACUUCGACAGAGAUCUCCUAAUCGGAGAGGGAGGAUUUGGUAGAAUAUUCAAAGGUUACUUGGACAGUGAAAAAACCACACCAGUAGCUAUUAAAGCUCUUAAACCAUACUCAAGCCUAGUAUCUGAACAGUUCUGGGCAGAGAUUGAGAUGCUUUCGAAGCUCUGUCAUCCUCAUCUCGUAUCUCUGAUAGGUUACUGCAAUGAUCAACGGCUCAUGGUCCUCGUUUACGAGUACAUGGCCCACGGAACUCUCCGUGAUCAUCUUUAUCAUAGUCAUAAUCCUCCACUCCCAUGGAAACAAAGGCUAGAGAUUUGCAUUGCAGUAGCACGCGUACUUCAUUAUCUUCAUGCUGGCGAUUCACAUACCAUAAUACAUCGAGAUAUAAAGACUUCUAACAUUUUGUUAGAUGAAAAUUGUGUUGCCAAAGUUUCAGAUUUUGGAUUGUCAAAAUCCGUGGUAAAUAUUUAUGCAGUUAGCACUGAUGCAGCAGGUACAUUUGGGUAUUUGGAUCCAGAAUAUUAUUUUAGCCGCCAAUUAACAGAAAAAUCUGAUGUUUACUCAUUUGGUGUUGUGUUGUUUGAAGUAUUAUGUGCUCGACCAGUAACCAACAUGCAGUUGAAUAAAGAAGAGGUAAGUUUAAUCGAUUGGGCGCGAAACUGCAUCCAAAAUGGAACCAUUCAUCAAAUAAUUGAUCCUAAAUUAAGAGGAAAAAUAUUUCCAGAGUGUCUUAAUAAAUAUGUGGAGAUUGCAGCGAAUUGUGUGCGUCGUACAGGUAUUCAAAGACUUUGUAUGGAUGAUGUAAUAGAAAAUCUUGAGUUUGCAUUGGAGUUGCAACAAACUGCAGAUUCUGAGAAGGAAAAAAUGAAUCCUGGAGGUGAACAUUCAUAUCCCCAAGUACUAAUUCAUCCUUCUCUACGUGCAAAUAUAUAUGGUUGGUCUGAGUUUGAAACUGAUAAUUUUCCCAGUAUUUCGUCUGAUAGCUUCUCUGAUACCAUCAGCUCUUAAUGCAUUUCCGUUUUAGUUUCUGUAGAAUGGUUAAUGAGUAUUUGAAAUUGUUAAGAAAAUAAUCAGAAUCAUAAAUAAUGUGUGAUUUUGUGCUGUAAAAUGCCAGAUUUUUUUAAGUAAUUUUGCUGAACAUACCCUUAUUAGUU